UAAACGCUGCUCGUAGAUAACAUUUUAAAAACGCCAACGCUAACUAUUUUCAAAGAAGCCUUAAGUUGAAUUAUAAAUUUUUUGGUACACAUAACAUUUUCCAUUUUAGCAAUAUUCAUGUGGCCUGUAGUCUCCCACACACAUCUCAACACUCCAAUUUCCCGAUUCCCCCCCUCUAUCAAGCUAGCAGCGACCCCAGCACCUCUGCGGGCCGCCGGCAGCGAGUCCGUAGUAACAAUGGCCAGCGUAGUCCGAGUCGCCGCCGCUCAGAUGACCUCCAUUAAUGACAUCGCCGCUAACUUCGCUACUUGCUCACGCUUAGUAAAGGAAGCUGCUUCAGCUGGUGCAAAAUUGCUUUGUUUUCCUGAAAAUUUCUCUUAUGUGGGUGUCGAACAAGGGGACAGUCUUAAAAUUGCUGAGCCAUUGGAUGGGCCUACUGUGAGAGGGUACUGUUCCCUUGCAAGAGAGUCACGUAUUUGGCUGUCACUUGGAGGAUUCCAAGAAAAAGGGAAUGAUGAUGCACACUUGCGUAACACUCACAUACUGAUUGAUGAUGCUGGAAAUAUUACAAGUACUUACAGCAAAAUGCAUUUGUUUGAUGUGGAUGUUCCUGGAGGUGCGGUUUACAAAGAGAGUAGCUUCACAGAACCAGGAAAGAACAUUGCUGUGGCAGACAGCCCCUUUGGGAGAAUAGGUCUUACAGUAUGCUAUGAUUUGAGAUUUCCAGAGCUCUAUCAACACUUGCGGUUUCUCCAUGAUGCCCAGGUUUUACUUGCGCCUGCUGCUUUCACAACUACGACUGGUCAGGCACACUGGGAGAUUCUUCUUCGUGCUCGGGCAAUCGAGACGCAAUGCUAUGUCAUAGCUGCUGCUCAAGCUGGAAAGCAUAAUGAAAAAAGAGAAAGUUAUGGCGAUACAUUAAUAAUUGAUCCAUGGGGAACAAUAAUUGGGAGAUUGCCAGGUAUUACUGUUGCUGAUAUAGACUUUUCUCUGAUGGAUUCAGUUCGAGCAAGGAUGCCUUUGUCACUUCACCGAAAGCCUGCUGCUGAGUUCUGGAAAUAAGCUUCUUUUUCUUGUUUAAAAGUAAGGCACUCUCUCUCUCUCUUGAUUGGUUCUCAUACUUCCCAUAACUGAAAGAAGCUUAAUUGUGAUGACCUUAACAAGCAAGCAAGCUAGCUUCUUCCGAGACGCUACUUCUGAAUGGAAUAUAUACUGAGUUUGUUUUCACCAUCCAAAUAGUGUUUCACAAUUGAUUGGGCACAACAAUUAUUUAUAGAGGUGAAAGUGGGGGGUAGAAUUAUAUUUGAAACUUUUGUACUCCAUUUGAUUGCGAAUGUUAUUUGAUGCAAUGUGAAAAUUCUUUUCUAAAUUUUCUUUAUAGGUAGGAAUGUAAAAUAUAGUUAAAUAAAAUGU